AUGGCGAUGGUUCCCUGGGCUUUACCCUCGAGAGAACAAACGUAUAUGCCACAUACUUCUUCGCCUUUAAACCCGUCAAAUCCCGAAGCAUCACCGAGGCGAAAGAAGCGGAAUGGAGCUGCAAAACACGAGCAGAGUCCUACGCAGAGGUUAAUGCGUCAGAAAGCUGCCGUGGCAUGGAAGACGAUGUCGUCUCGGGGUCCUGCCAAUGCAAGCUGCGCCAGAACUACAAAUGACGACGACUAUGAUGGGAUACCGGAAAAGCAAAUGGAUGAUUCUCUUUCUACCCGCGCUCGCACAGAGCAUCGCCCAGAGGGCAGAUAUCAGGACAACGGCCCAGGUGUACGACAAAUUGAUAUGGAGAAGCAAGCACUUGCGGACGCGAGCUAUCGGGAAGAAUGGCUACCAGAGACGAAUUACCCGUUGCGUUCGGUAACGACGAAGCGUUUAGUAAUCAUCAUAGGGAUUUUAUGUGUUGUUGGAAUCUUAUCGGCAAUACGUGUAGUCGCACUCAGUAGAAUUCAAGCUUGGCGAACAUGA